UGAUUAUGCAUUGAUCGUACAAUUGCAAAAUGCCAUAACUGAUAGUCAUAAAGCCAAAGAACCUGAAAUCUCCAUAAACAUCACCAUGGGCACACCCCUACCCCCCGUUCCCCCACGUCCAUCUCCAAAAGCCAAGAAGAGGCCCAAACUAAUCUGUCCAGGGAAAAACGAGUCGAGGCCCUUUUUUUCGAUACCUUGCAAAACUGCCAAAGAAUGCACUCAGUUAGGCAACAAAAACAUGCUUUGUUGCAACAACAGAUGCCUGAAAGGGGUCCCAGCACCUUCGCCAGAACCUGUUCACAGUCCGACGCUGUUUGGGUUGGUACAAAGAGUUUGCCCCACUGAGCUAAUUCCGGAAAUUUUCGAAAUAAAACGGUGUUCUGAAGACAGUGACUGUUCGCCUAGGAUUUGUUGUCCCGAAAAAAUGCUCAAUGGUGACAUUGUGGGAUAUUGCAGGACGCCAGAAGCAAAGUUGGACAAUAUUCCAGGUGUUCGACAAUUCGUUGAACCGUUUAGAUUAAUGAUGAAUUAUAUGCAAUGUACGCCUCCCCCACCCCCGAUUUUAGACGUUUUUCCGAAAGAAUGUCGAUAUCCUCUCGAUUGUUUCCCAAAUUUGUGUUGCCAAGAAAGAGGAAAAAGAUACUGUAGGCCGCCAAGACGCUCCCUUUUGACUUUGCUUACAACUGUUGCACAGAGAAUUGUGCCAACUGAAACUGCCCGAGAAAUCAUCAACAGGAUUGCCCCAUAAGCUUGACUGAUUGUUGUUAUUUAAAUAAAACUACUUUUUAUUAAACUGUUGUUUUAUUUACUUCAAAUUAGAAAUUACAUUAAAUAAUCAAGUGUUUGAAAAACGCACUUGACGUCCAAAAUUAAUCCAGCUGAAAAAAUAGAGAUUAGAACGUAAAUUUGUCUCAGACUGACGAUUUUAUUACCUUCUUGAAGCCAAUAUCAGCAGCGUAUUCUCUGAAGCACUGCCGGCAGAUAUUGAGCCCAUAUUUACGGAUCAAUCCGUGCCUGUUUGAGCAAGCUCGGCUGGAAAUAAAUUAAAUUGUUGCUAACUGGCAAUAAACUCAAGACGAAUCAAUUAUUAAGCAUUAAUAGCGUGUUUUUGAGGUUAUGUUAUGAAAGAUUGACUUUGAAAGCUGCGGGUUGUCUCAAUUUUGUACUUACCAUGACCUGGAGCCUUGCCCAUAUUUGCGGGGGUGAGAAUACCAGAUAUUUUGGAAACCCAUUUUUUGGAUUUUAAGAAAACGAACAACACGUUGGUUCUUCGAAAACUUGACAAGAGAAGAAA